CACACAGUCGACUGCAGCUGCGCCGCUCUCAAGUUCCGCCGUCUCCACCACAUUCCGACAUAAGGGGUUAUUACAUCGAGAGAGGAGAACUGCGGGUAAUUUCAAAAUGGGAGAAGAUUUCUUUGAAUAUCUACCAUCCGAAAUCUUAGUAAAUAUCCUCUCAAGACUCCCCAUUCAAGACGCAAUGGCUUGCAAGUGUGUUUGUAAGCCAUGGCUUGUUCUUCUCGCUACCCCUGAGUUUGUGAAUUCCCAUCUUUCUAGAUCAGUCCCGAGCAUUGCUGUUGAAACACACGCAAAGUCAUACGACGUCAUAGAGAUCGUGGAUGAGCUAUGCGAUGAGGAGUGUCAUCGGUAUACAGUCUUCAACUUCAAACUGCCCUUUGAUGAGCCAAUCCGUAGUUCAGCUAAUGGUUUGAUCUUUCUAAGAGGCGUCGGUCAUGGUGAUCUUAUCCUGUGCAAUCCAGUCACACGUGACUAUAUCAAGCUCCCUUCUCCUCGACAAACCACCUCAGAAGAUCAGCUUGCAUUUGAGAUUUUUGGAUUUGGAGUGAGCAGAACGACCGGCCAAUAUAAGGUGGUUAGGAUUUUCUUUGAAGAGCCACUACGUGGGAAGUACAAAAAACCACGACAUGAUUACACAAAUAAGUGCCUAGUAUACACUGUUGGAACCGGAAUGUGGAGAAAAGUUCCCCUUGGUAGCCUGCACUGUUAUCUUGGCGACCUUGGAGGGUUCCUUUUUAAUGGAAAUCUUCAUUGGAGGGUAAUUGAGAAAAUCGGAGAUGACUUGGUUGAAUGGAUUUCUUGCUUUGAUCUUGAAACAGAACUUUUUAGCACCUUUGCUACACCCUUUCAUGGUAUAGGGCGCUGCUUUACUAUGACGCCAUGUGUUUUGAGGGAUUGCCUAUGUUUGUGCUAUGAAACUAAUACAAAUGUUCCGGAGCUUGCAAUUUGGUCGAUGAAGGAAUAUGGGAAUGAAAAAUCUUGGACAAAGGAAGUUUUAGCUGGCGAAGCUUUCGGAGGACAUUGUGCACUUCGUGCUUCCCCGUUCAAGGUUUUCGAGAAUGGUGACAUCUUGCUGAUAUGUGAUAUGGACAAACUAUACUACUACUCCAACGAGACUAAAACUUACCAUGACUUCUUUAUUGGAGACGAUUGUGAUGAGUAUAUAUCUACGACCAUGUAUACCCCAAGCUUUCUCACUCUGAAGAAUUUUGUGAAGGAGAAUGUGAGCUCAUUUUGAGCUGUGAUUGCAAUUUGAUGUCGCUGAUGAAAUACAUGAAUGGUGAGGGACAUGAUAGACAACCCUCUUCUUGGAUAUGCAUUGGAAUUGGGGCAACUCUUUUGCUAAGAUAACAUUACUGUAGUAUUUUCUUGGGUUUUAUUUGUGAUCUAUUGAGUAGCUUUCUUGCCUUGUUAGUUUUAUUUCUAACAAGACUAAAACUUUUGACUAUGACAUCAAGUUUUGAGGGGAUCAUAGUUCUUACAUCUCUACAACCAUGUAUGCCUCAAGCUCUCUCUCUCGAGAAUUUUGGAUGGAGAAUGUAAGCUCAUUUUGAGCUCUGACUGUAGUUUGAUGAAUGGUGAGGGAUAUGAAAGACAAACCUCUUCUUAUAUCAUGCAAUGGAACCUCUUUUGCCAAGACAACAUUAGUAUUUUCUUGGGUUUUAUUUGUGAUCAGGAG